AUGAUUUACGUUAUUCAAUUGUUUCUUUCUCAAACUACAAACUCGAAAACAAAUGCGCACGUUUCGUCGGUUGUUACUUGGAUAAGUGCGGUUAGAAAUUCAACCAUUCUCGUCACGUCGCGCGCACGCAGCGCACCUAUCGCCAUGUCUCCCCCUACAACCAGUGGACCAUCGGGUUCGAAAGCCGGUAAAGUACCGAUGAGCAUUCUGGACAGCGAUAAGAAGAAGAAGAAACGCAAGAAGAGGGAAUCGUACUCGGUGUACAUUUUUAAGAUCUUGAAGCAAGUGCAUCCCGAUAUCAGUAUUUCGAGCAGGGCGAUGCAUGUGAUGAAUUCGUUGGUCAACGACGUUUUUGAACGCAUCGCCGCCGAGGCAAACCGUCUUGCUCGCUACAACAAGAGAUCCACGACGACUAGCCGCGAAAUCCAGACCGCCGUACGUCUUUUGCUGCCUGGGGAACUUGCGAAGCACGCAGUCAGUGAGGGGACCAAAGCAGUCACUAAAUAUACUUCAUACAAGUGAAUCUUUUGUUUUAAAUAAAUAAAAACUAUUAAUUAAUUAUUAUUAAUUAAUAAUACGUACUUAUCUAUGUAUAUUUGUACGAAUAAAACGUGAAUUUUUAUUCAAUCAA